CCACAGAAGAUGUUGUGGCCGCGAAUGCAGUGAAAUGAUGCGCGGGCCGCGCUCUCCUGCGGGCGGGUCGACGCCGUGACGCGAUCAGUGCGCGUUCCUCGUGGAAGUCUCCAGAUAAACAUGGCGGCGUGCAUGAGGCUGUGGGCUCCGUACCGACGGGCGGUCAGCAGCCACGCUCACGGCUUCAGCGCGCAGGUCAGAGCCCUGUUCCGGAGCCAGACACCCGGCCAGAGUGGGUGCAGCUCCAGCCGAUCAUAUGCGUACGGCUUGGGCGGAGGGUCGCCGCGCGGCGUCGCGCCGGGGAUCGGGACGUGGAGGCGGGUGUCCGCUGCGCUGCCCCGCGGCAGAGACGCUCCAGGACUCGGCUGGUUUGUCAGUUGCGACCGCCGGGGCUUCGCGAUGGGGAACAGGGGCAGCGGAGCCGGCGGGCUGUCUGGGGAAGACGGAGCAGAGAGCGGGGGGGCUGGCGAGGACGAUGCAGGCGAGGAUGGAGCUGGAGGCGGCUACGGAGCUCCUCAGAUGACCGCUUUGACACCCAUGAUGGUGCCCGAGGUUUUCCCCAACGUGCCGCUGAUCGCGGUCGCCAGGAACCCCGUCUUCCCCCGGUUCAUCAAGAUCAUCGAGGUGAAGAAUAAGCAGCUGAUGGAUCUGCUGAGGAGAAAAGUACGACUCGCUCAGCCCUACGCUGGCGUCUUCCUGAAGAAGGAUGAUGGCGAUGAGUCAGAUGUGGUGGAGAGUUUGGACGCUGUCUACAACACGGGGACUUUUGUUCAGAUCCAUGAGAUGCAAGACCUCGGCGACAAACUGCGCAUGAUUGUGAUGGGACACAGGAGGAUCCGGAUUACUAAGCAACUGGACGUUGACGUUGAUGAGCCAGUGGACUCUGAAGGGGAGUCCAAGACGCCCCGGCGAAAGUCGAAGCGGAGCCGUAAGGACACGGGCAGUUUAGCGGAUGCGAUGGUUGAGAGAGUGCAGGACACUGAGUUUGUGGUAGAGGCCGUUCCUCUGCCAAACACCAACGAGGUGCUCAUGGUGGAGGUGGACAAUGUCAUACACGAAGAGUUCCAGGUCACAGAAGAAGUCAAGGCUCUGACUGCGGAGAUUGUUAAGACCAUCCGUGAUAUCAUUGCUUUGAACCCUCUCUACAGGGAGUCUGUUCUGCAGAUGAUGCAGGCUGGACAGAGAGUAGUGGACAACCCUAUUUACCUCAGUGACAUGGGGGCUGCUCUAACUGGAGCAGAGUCACACGAGUUACAGGAUGUUUUGGAGGAAACCAAUAUACCCAAACGACUAUACAAAGCCCUCUCGCUGCUGAAAAAAGAAUAUGAGCUGAGUAAACUGCAGCAGCGCCUUGGCAGAGAGGUGGAGGAGAAGAUCAAGCAAACCCACAGAAAGUACCUCCUGCAGGAGCAGCUGAAGAUCAUUAAGAAGGAGCUGGGGCUGGAGAAGGAGGACAAGGAUGCCAUCGAGGAGAAAUUCCGUGAGCGACUGAAGGACCGCACAGUGCCUGAACACAUUAUGGAGGUCAUUAAUGAGGAGCUGAACAAACUGAGCCUUCUGGACAAUCAUUCCUCAGAGUUCAAUGUUACAAGGAACUACCUGGACUGGCUGACCUCCAUGCCCUGGGGCAUCAACAGUGUGGAGAACCUGGAAUUGGCCAGAGCCAAAGAGGUGCUGGAGGAGGACCAUUAUGGAAUGGAAGAUGUGAAGAAGCGCAUUCUCGAGUUUAUAGCGGUUAGCCAGCUGAGAGGCAGCACACAGGGAAAGAUCCUGUGUUUCUAUGGGCCACCCGGUGUGGGAAAGACCAGCAUCGCCCGUUCCAUUGCCAGAGCUCUUAACCGGGAAUACUUCCGCUUCAGUGUGGGCGGCAUGACUGACGUAGCUGAAAUUAAGGGCCACAGGAGGACAUAUGUUGGAGCCAUGCCUGGAAAAAUUAUUCAGUGUUUGAAGAAGACAAAGACGGAGAACCCACUGGUUCUCAUUGAUGAGGUUGACAAGAUAGGCAGGGGUUACCAAGGUGAUCCAUCGUCUGCACUCUUGGAACUUUUGGACCCUGAACAGAAUGCAAAUUUUCUGGACCAUUACUUAGAUGUGCCUGUGGACCUGUCCAAGGUUCUCUUUAUUUGUACCGCCAAUGUGAUCGACACCAUUCCAGAACCUUUAAGAGACAGAAUGGAAAUGAUCAACGUAUCUGGCUAUGUAGCUCAGGAGAAGCUGGCCAUUGCAGAGAGAUACCUGGUGCCCCAGUUGCGAGCCCUGUGUGGUUUAGAUGAGCAGAAGACUAGCAUCUCCUCCGAAGCUCUGAACGUUCUUAUCCGGCAGUACUGCAGAGAGAGUGGAGUCAGGAACCUCCAGAAACAGGUGGAGAAGGUUUUCCGGAAAGCAGCGUUCCGCAUCGUUAGCGACAAGGAGACCUCCAUCAAAGUAACAGCCGAAAAUCUCCAGGACUAUGUCGGCAAACCUCUCUUCACAGUGGACCGGAUGUAUGACGUCACUCCACCAGGGGUGGUCAUGGGCCUGGCAUGGACAGCUAUGGGUGGCUCCACAUUAUUCAUUGAGACAUCUCUGAGGCGACCGAGGACCCCUAAGGGGAAAGACGGACCCACUGAAGGCUCACUGGAGGUCACUGGGCAGCUGGGAGAUGUGAUGAAGGAGAGUGCAAAGAUCGCCUACACAUUCGCCCGCUCUUUCCUCAUGAAGGAACAGCCAGAAAACGACUUCCUUGUGGGCUCUCAUCUGCACCUGCAUGUGCCGGAGGGUGCCACCCCUAAAGAUGGACCAAGCGCAGGCUGUACUAUAGUGACGGCCCUGCUGUCCUUGGCCACGAACACACCAGUGCGGCAGAAUGUGGCCAUGACGGGAGAAGUGUCCCUGACCGGGAAGAUUCUGCCAGUUGGAGGCAUCAAGGAAAAGACUAUUGCGGCUAAGAGAGCUGGCGUAGACUGCAUCAUCCUCCCUGCUGAAAACAAGAAAGACUUCUCGGACCUGGCCGAGUACAUCACAGAAGGCCUGGAGGUGCACUUUGCUGAACAUUAUGAGGAGAUUUACAAGAUCGUGUUUCCCGGACAGUGAAGGCCGCUCAUGCACAGCUGCUAUAUGCCUAGUUGACUGUGCACCACAUGAAGAAAGCACUGGAACGUAGAAGCCAAACAAGGUUCCUCCUACCAACAACUUGCCGACAUGGACUUCUCUCGUCUGCCAGAAAGUUGAUAACCCUUCAUGCAGCAAAGGUUGCCAGAUAAACACUGAUGAAAUCCUUAGAUCCCAGUUAUUUACCUGAAGAUACUGGGAUCAUGAUGUUGCUGCUACGCAGCCUUUAAUUGAUUUUCUCAACUUUCCAUUUGACUGCCUUUGAAUUAUUUAAUACAGUGUCCAUAGUUUAUGAAAGCUUGAGUCACUUACAUCUCAUGCCGUAACCAGAGAACUUUCAUCUGUUAUCAGUUUUACUGAGGCUGUAAACAAUGUGAUUGAAGUAGCCCUUGCUGUGGUUUAAAAGAAAGCUGACAAGAAUGAGACCAAAAAUUACACUGAACAUUCAAAAAGCUGGGAUUUGUGCUUUUGUCCUAACAUCAGAAGGCUCUGAGCUUGGUCAGCAUGCUCAUAUGAAGAAUUGUGAUUUGUUAGUUUGCAAAGCCUUUUUUUUGUUUGUUUGUUUAAAUAAAAUAAAAAAAAAAUACA